UGACUUGAUCUAGAAGAAGAAUCAAAUUUGAUUGAAUGGUUAUUCCUGUUGAAUUCACUGACAAUUUUUUUUUCUUGUUCUUGACUGUUUACCAGAUGAGGGUGUAAAAUGAAAAGAUCAGCAAUAAUAAAAUAUAUUUCUGUAUUCAAUAUGGAUGUGACUGAUCUGUUUUUCGUUUUCUUCUAGGCAUUUUCUGGAAACACAAAUGCAGAUAGUGUUGUAUACUACAGGCUUCAGCAUUCCAUUAAAGCAAGAUUUCUCCGCUUUGUGCCUUUGGACUGGAAUCCCAAUGGUAGAAUCGGAAUGCGCAUCGAAGUGUACGGAUGCAUGUACAGGUCCGAGGUGGUUGGUUUUGAUGGGAAAAGUUGUCUAAUUUACACAUUUAAUCAAAAACUCAUGAGUACACUGAAAGACGUGAUUUCUCUGAAGUUUAAGACAAUGCAAAGUGAUGGAAUUCUCCUCCACAGAGAAGGACAGAAUGGAGACCACAUCACCCUGGAAUUACUUAAAGGAAAGCUGUCCCUUCUUAUUAAUUUAGGUGAUGAUAAAACUCAUUCAUCUAAUACCCAAAUUAAUAUUACCCUGGGCAGUCUUUUGGAUGAUCAACAUUGGCAUUCUGUUCUCAUUGAGCACUUUAACAAUCAAGUAAACUUUACAGUGGAUAAACACAAUUAUCAUUUUCAUGCCAAAGGAGAAUUCAAUUAUUUGGAUCUUGAUUAUGAGCUCAGCUUUGGAGGGAUCCCAGUGCCUGGAAAAUCAGGGGCAUUGUCACGCAGGAAUUUUCAUGGGUGUUUUGAGAAUAUUUAUUAUAAUGGAGUGAGCAUUAUUGACCUGGCCAGGAGGCAUAGAUCUCAAAUCUCCUUCGUGGGCAACAUAUCUUUCUUGUGUUUAGAGCCACAUGUAAUUCCUGUUACAUUUCUGAGCUCCAGGAGUUACCUGGCACUGCCUGGCACUUCGGGCCAAGAAGAAGUUUCCAUCAGUUUCCAAUUUCGCACCUGGAACAAAGAGGGACUUCUGUUAUCUAGUAAAGUACAUCGGUCCUCAGGUGGUUUCCUGUUAUAUCUGAGUGAUGGGAAAGUUAAAAUCAAUCUUCAUAAGCCAGGCAAAGCCUUGAGUGACAUUAGUGCAGGUGCUGGAUUAAAUAAUGGUCAAUGGCAUUCUGUAUUCUUCUCUGCCAAAAGAAAUCGUAUCACCUUAAUAGUGGACAACGAUAUGACCUCAUCUGCUCAUUCCUCCAUAUCUCUGCAAAUUUAUUCAGCAGACACAUUCUACUUUGGAGGCUGCCCAAACAGUGAAAACAAUUCUGAAUGUAAAAGCUCAUUUGGUGGCUUUCAAGGAUGUAUGCAACUCAUUUCUAUUGGCAACAAAGCAGUGGAUAUGAACUCAGUUCAGCAAAAUUUUGGCAACUUCAGCGACCUUCAGAUAGAUUUAUGUGGCAUUAUAGACAGAUGCUUGCCUAAUUACUGUGAACAUGGUGGGGAAUGUUCACAGUCCUGGAACAGCUUCUACUGUAACUGUACCAAUACUGGUUACAUGGGAGCUACUUGUCAUUAUCCUAUCUACGAACAAUCAUGUGAAGCCUAUAAGCACAGGAACACUUCAGGCUUUUACAAUAUCGAUUCAGAUGGAAGUGGCCCCUUGGGACCGUUUCUUGUAUACUGUAAUAUGACAGAUGCAACAUGGACAAUUAUACAGCACAACAACACCAACUUAACCAGAGUCAAAAGUGCUAAUCGAGAGAACCCACACACUGUGUUUUUCAAGUACUCUGCCAGCCUAGACCAGCUUCAAGCUGCAAUUAACCAUGCAGAACACUGUGAACAGGAGCUUGCUUACCACUGCAAAAAAUCAAGGCUUUUAGAUAAGACAGAUGGGUUGCCAUUGAGCUGGUGGAUUGGAAGGACCAAUGAAACACAGACAUACUGGGGAGGUUCCUCGCCUACUGUUCAGAAAUGUGCUUGUGGCAUAGAGGGAAACUGCAUUGACUCCCAGCAUUACUGCAACUGCAAUGCUGACAGAAAUGAAUGGACUAAUGAUACUGGGUUCCUUUCCCACAAGGAGCAUCUACCUGUAACAGAAAUUGUGAUUACAGAUACUGACAGACCAAAUUCUGAAGCAGCUUACAGACUAGGGCCUUUGCUUUGCCAUGGUGACCGAGCAUUUUGGAAUUCAGCAUCGUUCAACACAGAGACAUCUUACCUGCAUUUCCCCACACUCCAUGGAGAACUCAGUGCAGAUGUAUCAUUUUUCUUUAAAACUACUGCUUCCUCAGGAGUGUUUUUAGAAAAUCUGGGAAUUCAAGACUUCAUAAGGAUAGAGUUAUACUCCCCAUAUGAAGUGAUUUUUUCAUUCGAUGUUGGAAAUGGACCUCGUGAAGUUACAGUGCAGUCACUCACUUCCUUAAAUGACAACCAGUGGCAUUAUGUCAAGGCUGAACGAAACAUCAAAGAGGCAUCCUUACAAGUAGAUCAGCUUCCUCAAAAGUUUCAUGCUGCUCCACCUGAUGGGCAUAUUCGGUUGCAACUCAACAGCCAACUUUUUGUAGGUGGGACAGCAUCUAGACAGAAAGGAUUUUUGGGAUGCAUUCGUUCAUUACAGUUAAAUGGAAUGGCCCUUGACCUGGAAGAGAGAGCGAAGAUAACACCAGGAGUUGAACCAGGAUGUCCUGGACAUUGUAGUAGCUAUGGUAACCUGUGUCACAAUGGUGGAAAAUGCAGAGAGAAAUACAGUGGAUUCUCUUGUGACUGCAGUUUCUCUGCCUAUGCCGGGCCAUUCUGUAAGACAGAGAUCUCUGCCUAUUUUGGAACUGGAAGUUCUGUGAUAUACAAUUUUCAAGAAUACUACACCUUCACUAAAAAUUCCAGUUCUCAUGCUUCUUCUUUCUAUGCUGACAUGACACUGAGCAGGGAAACAAUCACAUUUGCCUUCCGAACAAAGCGGACACCAAGCCUACUGCUUUAUGUCAGCUCCUUCUACAAGGAAUAUCUCUCAGUCAUUCUAACCAGAAAUGGAAGUUUACAGAUCAGGUACAAACUAGAUAGCCAUCAAGAUCCUGAUGUCUUCACCAUCAAUUUCAGAAGCAUGGCUGAUGGACAGCUACACCAUGUGAAGAUUAACAGAGAGGAGGAAAUGCUCCUUGUAGAGGUUAACCAGAAUGAAAGAAUGAAAUUUAUUCUGUCUUCAGGCACAGAAUUCAAUGCAAUCAAGUCUCUCAUACUUGGCAAGAUUUUAGAAAACAGUGAUGUAGACGAGGAGACAAUGAAGGCAAACUCUCAGGGUUUUAUUGGAUGCCUCUCUUCAGUGCAGUUCAAUCACAUCGCUCCUUUGAAAUCUGCAUUGCACCACAGCAGCUCAGCCCCCAUCAUUGUGAAGGGACGCUUUACAGAAUCCAGCUGUGGUACUUUAACUGGAGCCGACUCAACAUUGAGUGAAACAACACAUUCAUUCGCAGAUCAUUCUGGACCAAUAGAUGAGAGAGAGCCCUUAAAUAAUGCAAGCAGAAAUGACUCUGCAAUUAUUGGAGGUGUGAUAGCAGUUGUGAUAUUCAUCGUCCUUUGCAUCACUGCCAUAGCCAUACACAUUUAUAUAAAAAAAAGCAUAUACUCAAAAAAUGAGACAAAAGGAUCUGAAAAUGAAGACAGUGCUGAAUCUGCACUGAAAAGUGAGCUUACUACACAAAACACUGCCAGUGAAAAUCAAAAGGAAUACUUCUUCUGACUGACAUUCAUAAUUUAAUUUAAUGUAAUAAUGUGACUGUCUCACUUUCUUGAUAAGCCAGGGGAUCUCAAUGGACAAGAAAGCUCUUACACUCUACAGUAAACACAAUGGAUUUCAGACCUGUUAUAUUGCAUAAGUUCAGUCUCAGUGAUUGGUAUAGGGGCUUCUUAAAAUUACAUGCUGUCUUAGCUAUUAUACUGUAAAUGCAUUUUAUGUAACAGUGAAUUAGAUAUUGUAACCAAUUUCAUUGUUGGUAGUUUCCGACUGUUCUGAUGUGACCUUCUGCAACUGAAGUUUAACGUACAUCUUGAAUAUUAUUUAUAAAUGAGAAAAUUGCUACAAAGCUGUUCUAAUCCUUCUCUUUGAAAUAUAAUUUUGGAAUUUUGGUCAAGGUGAAAAGUAGAUUCUAAUAGUUUGUGUUACUAAGGAAAUUCUUUUUAUGUUGCAUUAUAGUGAUCCCUCGUACUUCCUCAACCUGAGAAUGCCUUUUGAACUGCUGUUGGCUUGUGGCAGAAUCUGUUUGUGAGCCAUGGAUUUAGUUGUCCAAAACAAAUUGCACUUCUUUCUCCUGGGAGGUGACCAGUGCCACCAUUGUCUUUUUUUGCUGUUGUUGUUUGACAAGUCUAGCAGGACUUAAAACAAAAGGGUGUACAGUGUGUUGAAAUGCUGUAAAAUCUCUUUUUGGUUUUCACUCACUGUCAAGUGAUAGAAUCAAGUUAGACUCAUACAUAUUCUAAGAAUUUUAAUUCUUAAUAUAAUUAAGAUAGUAAUUAAGAUAUAAUUAUUAAAAAAUAAGAAUUAAAGAAAAUUAAGAAUUUUAAUAAAACUAGGACCAAAAAAGACAAAACUUUUAUUUGGAAAUAUCAAUUAAAAUAUUAACAAUGGUUAAACUGCCAUGAGUGAAAGCACAUAAUGAUGAUCGAUAUUAUUCUCCCUAGAAAUUAUUACUGUUUCUUCUGUGAAGUUGUAGUGGUCUGUACAUCUGGCAUGCAUUUCCUGAAAACAUUGUGUGUGUGUAUGAUCUACUCGAGACCUCAAGAUUAAGUUGUUAAAACUUACAGUUACUUAUGAUUAUUACGAUAAUGAAAUAGGGAAUUUAGAGUCUAGCACAGUGGCUGCUACUUUAAUAUUUGUUUCUUCAACCAUAACAGUACCUACACUAGAUGAGAUAAGGUCUGAUUCUAGCACUAAAAACUAAUCAGAUGCUUACUAUCCUGACAGAAUAAAAAUGAGUUGCUUGUGAUGUUGUAUAAACAAAUUAUUAGAUAUGAAAUAUAGGCUUAAGUUGUCUAAACAGAAGAAUGUAAAGCUACCAUUGACGCCAUAGGGUCUCUGAAAUAUCUAUGUGGCCUUGUAAGAAUGUCACGAGAUUGACUGAAGGUAUGUGUCCUUUGGAAAAGACAUCUGUGAAUGAAGUAGAAUACAUCAAGGAAUCUACAAUAGCACCAUAUACCAAUAUUUAGGUAACUAAUUCACAAAAAAGACUUUGUUGAUUUGUUGUUGUUGUUGUAUUUUUUUUUUCCAUAGGAGACUGUGUGCCUAGAGCUAGAAUCUAAGGAAGGAAUCAGGACUUCUGUGUCCUUGUAGACCUGAAAGUUUAAAAUUUAAAGUGUUUUUCAAACUCAUUUAUACCUAUUCCCAUUGAAAGCAAUGAUAAUGGUCAUUGCUUUGCUCCUCUUUUAGUGAGAAGAAAUAGAGUUAAACCUAGGCUCUGAGGCUUAGGAAAUGUUUCUCAUAGAUGCCCAAAAACAUUAUAAAAGCAUGUAAACCUGAUAUGGUGUUAAGAAAAUAUUAAUCUUUACAUUUAUUUCCAUAUAUAGUUGUUGUAUAUAGAAAUGUGAUGGAGAGUGUGAUAAUAUAUUUUAAAGCUUGUUUUCUUCUAUCAAUCUUUAUUUUUGAUUCUCAGAAUUUUACACUCCAUUUUCUGCUUCAUUCUGCUCAUCUUUUCUUCAUUUUUAGGAAAAAAGUAUUUCCCUUUUUUGGUACUUGAAGGCUCUGAAAUCAGAAAUUUUUCAGCUUGAUAUGCACUGUUUCACAUUCUUCUCAAUUUUGCAGUUCUAAAUGCAUCUCUAGUGUAAGACUAAGGCUGAGUCUGAGGAUCUAGGAUCAAGAACUGUGUAUAUACACAUCACGUAUGUGUUGCUGUGUUCCAUGACAAUAGGCUAGGAAGGUAAGGGAAGAAUACGGGACAAUUCUCAAAUGAUGAGAAUGGAUGAGAAUACUUUAUUUAUUUAUUAAUUUAUUUUUAGAUCAUGCACUCUUAAUUUGCUACUUUAGUUCCUGUCAGUCUAGCUAGAUACUUUGAAGAGCGAAUUAUGACCCUUUCUCUUCAAGGAUCUGACCUAAAUUGCAUUGAAUUGAAGAAGAGUCCUUCCAUAUUCUCCUCUGAAAUUCAACCUUCAAAAUCUCAAGGGGCUUUCCCUUCAUA